AUGGAUUUGAAUAUUGUGCUAAGGAUAACAUUCAGAUAUGAUCAAUCCGGACCGCCUAUCAAUGAGGCGUUGGAGUCCAAGCUUCGAUGGAAGAUGGAUCUCCGAAUACUUCCCACAGUUACAAUUAUUUACUUGCUUUGCUUUAUCGAUCGUGCGAACAUUGGCAAUGCAAAAAUUGCAGGUCUAGAGGCCGACCUGAAGAUGCAGGGUUAUGACUUUAAUAUUUCUCUCUCCAUCUUUUACAUCUCCUAUAUCUUAUUUGAGAUCCCUCUGAAUCUCUUAUGCAAGCAGAUAGGACCAGGUUGGUUUAUUCCUGUAUGCUGUCUCGGCUUCGGUAUUUGCACUACCUGCACGGCUUUCGUUCAUGACUUCUCAACUCUGUGCGGGCUCCGGUUCUUACUUGGCGUCUUCGAAGCAGCCAUGCUACCGGCGAACGUAUACUAUCUCUCACGAUGGUAUCGACGCAGUGAACUGACUUUUCGGCUUUCGUUCGUCAUCAUUUCGGCAUCCUUGGCGGGUGCAUUCGGGGGCCUGCUUGCCUCUGCAAUUUUGCGUCUUCAAAGUUUCGGCUCCCUGCAUUCUUGGAGGAUGAUCUUUGCGAUUGAAGGUACCGUGACGUGUGCAGUGGGACUAAUUUCGUUCUUCACGCUUACCGAUAGGGUCGAAACUGCCACCUGGUUGUCAUUGGAGCAAAAGGAAUUAGCAAAUGCAAGAAUCAUGUCCGAGAGAGUCGGAACAACUGAGAUUAUCGACAAGUUUAGUACAAAGAGGAUGCUCCGAGGCAUCCUGAACCCAGUGGUGCUCCCAACAGCCAUGAUUUCCUUCUUCAACUUUAUCACUGUACAUGGCUUGUCCUUCUUUCUCCCUACUAUUGUUCGGACAAUCUUUCCUCAGCACUCUGUCCAGAACCAACAACUCCUCACAGUUCCACCAAACGUACUGGGCACAAUUAUGUGUAUGCUAUUCUGUUACAUAAGCUGGAAGCUGGACAAGCGCGGCAUCUUCCUUAUCAUCUGUGCACCGUUCUCUAUGGUGGGGUACAGCAUGUUUCUGGCAACAUCCAACCCACAUGUGCGCUAUGCGGCAACGUUUUUACCGGUAUGCGGCAUCUUCGCAUUGGGAGCAUUCCCCAAUGCCCAUGUCUCAGCAAAUGUUAUCUCGGAUACUUCCCGAUCAUCUGCGGUUGCUUUCAACGUGAUGCUUGGUAAUAUUGGAGGCUUGGUAUCAACUUGGGCCUUUCUCCCUUUCGAUGGACCCGAAUAUCGAAUUGGUAACGGUUUGAAUCUGGCAGCGCAAUCUGCUAUCUUUCUGAUUAGUCUCUGUAUGUAUUUCGCAAUCCAGAGGAGCAACAAGAGAAGGUCUGGGGUGAAUGUAGAGAGAGAAUUAGCUGGCAAGACUUUGUCAGAAAUUCAAGACCUCGAAUGGCGACACCCGGGCUUCAGAUGGCACAAUUAG